AAUAAUAAAAAAUUGUGAUGUGACAAGAAAUCUCUCUCUCUUUCUUCCCUCACACAUCGCACAGCACAGGCCCAACUUCUCCGUUCCGUUGUGUUGUGUCGUGCUGUAUUGUGCUGUGUGUUCUUUCUUUCUUCUUCUUCUUCCCUUUUUCAUUCCCUCACUAUCACCCUAACAACAACCCUAUUUUCACAAAUUCUGCAUUUUCAAUUCCCUCCUCCCAACUAAUGCAUCAUCAUCAUCCUCUGUCAUCAACAACCUAGGGUUUCUCUCCGAUAUUCGUUUUUUCUCGCCGGGAUUUUGGGGUUAAGCUCAAUCUCCGGCUUCCAUGGCUUCCAACUUGAAGAUGACCCCUAAGCUCGAACAGAUCCACGGUGAAAUUCGCGAUAUCUUCCGUGCCCUCGCAAAUGGCUUCCAGAAGUUGGAUAAGAUUAAAGAUUCCAAUAGACAAAGCAACCAGCUUGAGGAACUCACUGGGAAGAUGAGGGACUGCAAAAAGUUGAUAAAAGAUUUUGAUCGUGAAAUUAAAGAUGAAGGGGCAGGAAAUCCCGAAGAAGUGAAUAAGCAACUCAAUGACGAAAAGCAAUCAAUGAUCAAGGAGCUAAACUCAUAUGUGGCACUGAGAAAAACGUACAUGAAUACCAUUGGUAAUAAAAAACUUGAACUUUUUGACAUGGGAGCUGGUGCAAGUGAACCAGCUGAAGGAAAUGUUCAACUGGCAUCAGAAAUGUCAAAUCAAGAACUUGUCAAUGCUGGGAUGAAGACAAUGGACGAGACUGAUCAGGCUAUUGAGAGGUCUAAGCAGGUUGUACAUCAAACAAUUGAAGUUGGCACCCAAACUGCUUCUACCUUGAAGGGCCAAACCGAUCAAAUGGGCCGUAUUGUUAAUGAGCUGGAUUCAAUUCAAUUUUCAAUUAAGAAAGCUUCUCAACUUGUUAAAGAGAUCGGUAGACAGGUAGCUACAGACAAAUGCAUCAUGCUGUUUCUGUUUCUCAUCGUCUGUGGUGUAAUAGCCAUCAUUGUCGUGAAGAUUGUGAAUCCCAACAACAAAGAUAUUAGGGAUAUUCCAGGAUUGGCGCCUCCAGUUCCCUCAAGGAGGCUUUUGUAUGUUCGAACCGGAGAAUUGUAUGAUUAAUUCUUACAUUUGAACAAGAGUUUUCUUCAUCCUAGUCCCACCAACUUGGUUCUUGUUCUUGUCAAUGGAAAUAUUAGAGAAUCCCUUUUUGGAGGCAUCGGUUUGAUCUUUCCGGUCAUUCUUUCUUUUUAAGAAUUCCUGGAUAUACUGUUUGUGAUUCUAUGUAAAUCAGACGAGAGUCUUCUGCCUUUCUUGAGUGCCACGUUUUUACAUGUAACAUUCCUAAAUUUAGGGCUAGAGAAUCUACUGUGAAAUUCAUGGUGUAUAUGUAACUUAUUUGACAGAGGUUCAUUCCCCUCCCCUUCCCGAUUUUUUGGUGUAAUAUAUGCUUGCAUUUUCAAACUA